UCGUACCGCUUAGCAUCGAGAGAGCAACCUUGCACCGCGUGCCGGCCUGACAUGCCGGCUUAUUGACGACACGUGCCCCGCGCGAUCGCCGAACAUGGCACUGAAACGCUGAAAGCCCGCUGAAAAAUUCGCUCCGCCACUAACCCAUGCAUGUUUAGCCGUCAGACCAUCGGAAUAGUUAGACUCGAGUGCUUUUAACUAACAAACGACGCAAGUCACGCAAAUUAGUAGUGUUUAGGUUCAUUCCUAGAUUUUUAAGUGUAACGUAAAAUAUUUUUUGGCUUCAUUACAAUGCCGUGGAUAAAAUCCUGUUUGUGUCACCAAGAGAAGAAAAAGUCACCCACGAUCAGUCCCCCCAUUCAUUUAUUGCUGAAGGGUGAAAAUAACGCACCGCAAGGUCCGAGUCACGCGUUCCGCUGCAAGACCUUCAAGAAACCGAGGCCGUGUCACCUCUGCCACCAGCCGAUCCUGAACGAGGGCUCCUGCUGUCGAGUGUGCAAAUAUGUCUGCCACAAAGUUUGUGAAAGCAAGGAAGCCGCACAAAGAUACACGGACACGAGCUGGCAAAUAUUUCACACGGGCCAGCGCAAAACCCCAUCGCCGUCCGUAAAGGACAACCAAAUCCAGACCGACGAUUCCGGCAUAUAUUCCCAGAUCGAGCCGGCCAACGGGGCGCCGCGGGGUCCCGUGCCCAGCCCCCGGCCCUCGAAGCAGCAGGCCGACAAUCGGCACAUAGUGCACGUCGAAAAAGUCGAAGUCACAUACGAACCGACCGUAAACAACAACAAAGUUGAAGUAGUUCUGCACUCCCAUGAUGAAGGAACUCUCAGACAUGGACACUUGAAUAAGAUGAUAACAUCGAAUUCCUACAAUGGUUUCGGCGAGGCGUUGACCACCCAACCCAGACUGUCCAAGAACAACACAAACUCAUCAGGAGGCAUGGACUUGAGCUAUGUCACCGAAAGAAUCAUAUCGUUGUGGUUCUCCCCGUCGACCACGACGCGUGGCUACAAACAGGGCCAGCAACACGUCUCGCAAAUGCUCAGAAACAAACACGGAGACAAUUACAAGAUAUUCAAUUUGUCUGAGCCGAAACGCGCCUUGAGGAAUGCCCAUAAACACGUGAAGGAGGUCGGAUGGGCCCUCAACCUGGCUCCGCCUUUGGAAAGACUUUGUAGCGUGUGUAAGGACAUCGAGAACUGGCUGAACGAAGACGAACAUCGGAUUGCCGUCCUGCAUGCGAGAGGCAGCAAAGAAAAGUUGGGAGUCAUAGUGGCUGCAUACAUGCAUUAUUCAAGUAUAUGCGGAAGCCAGGAGCAGGCGCUCGAUAGGUUCUCCAUGCGACGGUUCCUGGACGAUAACGUCGGGCCUCUGGUCCUGCCGUCGAACAAAAGAUACGUCGAAUACUUCGCCGGGUUGUUGUCCCAUCACAUAAAAAUCAACUCCGCACCUCUGUAUCUGACUCAUGUGACUGUGGUGGGCACUCCGGCCUUCCAACAAGGUGGCUGCAGAGCGUUCCUGAAACUCUACGAGGGACACACGCCCGUCUACACUUCAGGAAUUUACAUGGUUUCGAAUAACGUGAGCCAGUUCACGGUGAACGUGGCCGGCGAAAGGCGAGGCGGGCUGCAACUAAGAGGAGACAUCCUGAUCAAGUGCUACCAUCGAACGGACAGGGGCAGGGAGACGAUUUUCGCCUGCCAAUUUCACACGUGCGCCAUUUCCGAUCACACGCUCAGCUUCACCCGCCAAGAGCUCGACACCGCCUGCAACGAUCCACGUUUCCCCGUCGACGGUGCAGUGGAAUUGCACUUCUCCGGCCCGGAAGGACGGCAAACACUCCCGGCCCCGACGCCGGCGGUACCGUUCACGAUAUCCGAUGAUCACAUUACCAGAGCCGACAGUCCACUCCUGAUCGAGGAGUGCGAAGAUGAGGACUCGGAUUCCGACGACGUGAACCAUACGUUUGGACCACUGGACGGUAGCAUAUACGCCACCAUAGCGAAGAAACCGGAGCUGUCUCCCGGUGCCGUCUCUAGUCCCUUGACUGUGUCCAUGGACUCUGGCAUUUCAUCAGCAGGACACCAGCAGAACGCCAACACCACCGCCUCCGCGAGUCCCCCGCCAACCGCCCAGCCGUCCCCCCUCAGUCCGGAGGAACAGCACCGCGAGCUCGACGAACUCCUAUCCGACAUGAUGCUAACGGUCCAGAGCAUUCCCGACCUGAAACCCCACCAGGACCAGUCCAACGGCGGCCCGGCGUCCGACAACAACUUCGGCCUGGACAAUGUCCAGUACAUAGACGAGGAGGAGGACAAGAACAUACCGUACCACGCGCGACAGGACAGCAGACCCUUCAGUUACGGCGUCAACUCCAACAUGAUCAACGAGUCGAAGGGCCUGAGCAGCCCCAGCCUGGUGCGCAAGGCCAGCAUCAACAAAUCCUCCGGCGACACGCUGAGGAAGGUGCAGACGCAAGUCUAUCCGGACUUCAACGCCAAACCGGUGCCGGACUUCUCCGCCUCGAACCAGUACUCGCCGUCCAAUUACAGCACCCUGUCGUCGAAGUACUCCAGCUACACGCCGGUGCACGGCACCCUGAGGAAGAAGGACCCGAUCGACGACAUAUUCACGUCGAGUGCUUUAAGUGCGCAGCCGAUUAAACGCGAGUUCCGUGAGGAGUACUACAAGGACGAGACCAGGAGGUACGAUCCUUUGAAGAGGAGCCUGACCGACAGCACGCUGAGGAGGAGCCCGGAGAAGAUCACCUACAAGAGCUCCAACUCGGCGGUCACCAGUCCGUAUUCGGAUUCGGAGAGCCUGUCGCCGCCCGGAGCUUUCCGGAACAGCACCAAGUCACCGGAGUUCCACGAAUCAUUCACGACCAACGGCAACCUGACAUGGCUCCAGAAGCAGCAGCAAAAACUGAAGGAGCGCCGCGAGGUGAAGCUGCGCGAGGAACGUCAGCCGCACGAGACGCAGCUGAUGAGGGAGCUGCGCAACGUCCAGACCCGGCACAUGCGCCCGUCGGCGUCGCACCGCGCAGACGGCUACACCAGCGACACCACGGCCUUCGCCGACGAUGACGACGACUACACCGUGCCGCUGCACAUCAACACGAUGCAGAAGAACGGCGGAAGCUCCAACUACAGCACUUUGAAGUCCACGUAUUCGUCGACAGUUAAAGAACGGCCCUUCAUGAAGAUCAAGAGGGAACACGAGCACUAUGCGCAGAGCACAGAAUCCCCUCGCACGAUCUUAGCUCAGAAUCCUAUGGGACAGAUCGUGAGGGCGCCUUCAAGGGGCGCCGACACAGUGGACAGCGGUCUGCUGUCGCUGGUGGAACAGGAACAGUACAGCAAACAGAGUAGCCCCCGUUACACGCCGGGCCUGGUGGGUAUUGCUAACGAUGCUAACGAAGCUAACACAGCUACAUCACCGGAUUUGAGGAAUGAUAGCACCCCUUCUGAUGCACUAAGCGAUCUGAUUGCUAACUUAUCAAGCGGCUCAGAUAAGUCUAGCAACAGUCCUAAUAACACAUCUGCAUGGCAGUACCGAGAAGAGUCGAUCCAAUCAUGGAGGUCGCAAUCCGUAAACGACGAAACGAGCCCAUCUCACAGCUCGUCGCCAAGACCGCAGACACCAGCUUUUCCAGUACACGCCCGGACCCCGUACUUGAACGCAUCCACGCCAACAGUCCAAUUCGAUCUACCAUCCGAACGACUGCCACCUAAAAGUCCUACAACCCAGCGCCGACUCAGUUGUCCAACUCCUAAUAAACUUACUAAGAAGUGGUCACUCUCACCGGAGAGAAAGGACCGUCCUACGUCACCCAGCGAUCUAACGAACGGGUCCGCGUCAGAAUACACCCACACUGCGACCCAUCGCAGUGUCUCGUCAUCGGGUUUCUCUGAUGGCAGCUACCAACAGAGCCCCAAGACCCCGAACUACAACGGAUCGGCGUCUCCGACCAUCUAUUACGGCAACUCGAGACGGAACUCGGUUGGCUCGAACAACGAGGCACCGCACGAAGUGGCUGCGGCGCACGUUGAAUUCGUCAGAGACACCUCUAAAUUUUGGUAUAAGGCUUCCAUAUCUAGGGAAGAAGCAAUCAACAUGUUAAGAAACCAAGCGCCAGGCACCUUCGUCGUAAGAGAUUCAAACUCUUUUCCGGGCGCAUUCGGGCUGGCCCUAAGGGUGGCCCAAGUGCCCUCGAAUGUGCAAAAUAAGUCGUACUCCAGCGACGAGCUGAUCAGACACUUCCUGAUCGAGCCCACAUCCAGGGGAGUGCGUCUGAAAGGUUGUCCCAACGAGCCGGUCUUCAGCUCAUUGUCCGCAUUGGUUUACCAACAUUCGAUAACACAAAUGGCACUGCCGUGCCGCCUCGUCCUUCCGGAGAGUGAUCUGAAAUACACGAAAAAUGUGAACAAUCCUAACCAGGUGUUGUUCACGCAGGGGGCAGCUUGUAACGUCUUAUAUUUGUUCUCGAUGGAUAUGGAAUCGUUGACGGGUCCGGAGGCGAUUAAGAAGUCGGUUUUGACGCUGUUGCAGAAGGCGCCGCUUCCGGAAACGGCUACCGUGCAUUUUAAGGUAAACGGUCAAGGUAUUACGUUGACCGACAACAAGAGGAAGUUGUUCUUCAGGAAGCACUAUCCUAUGAAUACCGUUUCUUAUUGUGGGCUCGAUCCUGAAGAUCACAAGUGGACUGUUGCGCUUGAUGAUAACCCGAUUAAGAGUUCGAAUCGUAUAUUUGGAUUCGUGGCAAGAAAACCGAACGUGAGUAACUCCGACAAUCAGUGCCAUCUUUUCGCAGAACUGGAGCCGGAACAACCGGCGACGGCAAUUGUCAACUUCGUCAACAAAAUUUUGACGUCCAGUGGCUACAAACCGAAUAUGGUGUAAACUGUAUUGGAAAUUAACAAUGAGGAGGAAAUAUCACAUCACAGUCAAAAUCGAUUUUAGGAAUUCUGCCAGUAUUGUACCAAGAAAUUGUGUUGAAUUGUAUAAACAAAAUUGUCGUUUCGGAAAAUUGUUUAAACUACUAAAUUCUUAUAACUAGUCCUUUUUUUUAAUUUAACGAAUAGUUUAUUAGUCUUCUUAAAUUUCGAUAUGCAAUAAUUACAAUUAUUGUGCUAAAUAUCAAAUCUUGUACAUAAGAACUAUAAACACUAAGUGUGCCUGUCUGAUUAUUUUAUUCUUAAAAUAUUUUAUAUAUCAUUUGUUGGUGAAGUGCUUUAAAUAUUUUAAAUAUUAGCAUAUUCACAUUCUUGAAUCAAACUGGACCUUGUUAGUGUUUUUGUUAUGAGAAAUUAACAAAAAUCAUUGUAAUAAGCCACUGAAUAUUUAAAAAUGUUUAUAUUUGUUUCGUCGUGAACAAAAUUCUAUUUGCUGUGGGAGACAAAUAAUAAUUUCAUUAUGUAAUAUUAAUUUCUUAUGUUCAUUUUUCAUCACACUAACAAAGUCAUAAAGAAUGUUUGUUUUAGAAAGCAGGGUACUGUACUCUUAUAUAAAAUGUAUAAAAAUUAUUUAGAAUUUAAUUUAGAACAAUGAGGAAGCUUAUUAACAAUAUAGAAUUCCAUAUACAGGAUUAAUAAAAUAAAUCAUCUUUAUGUUUCAUUAAUAGUACAAACAUAAUUAACUUUUCUCGUCAUCCAGGAGGUAACUUCAAAACAUGCUGUUACUAUCAUAGGCAUAUAACAUAACAAUAUGUAUUUAGAAAAAUAUAUAAAUACUAAUGUG